UUUUUUUUUUUUGGUGUGGUUUACUCAUCUCUUGUACUUCACAUUUCAUCACAUCUCUGAUCUUUCCAAUCUUCUCCUCAUAGAUCUUGAUGGCGGCUUUCUCAACCGAUGAGGGAGACUCCUUUUCUUCUUCCACUCACAGGGGGGACUAUGAUGUCUUCUUGAGUUUUAGGGGUGAAGAUACUCGCCAUGGUUUUACUGGCUAUUUAUAUCAGGCUUUGUGUGAUAAAGGUUUCAAGACCUUCAUUGAUAAUAAAGAUCUCCAAAAAGGUGAAGAAAUUUCAGCGGAACUUAUCAAAGCCAUUAAAUCAUCAAUGAUUUCAAUUAUCAUAUUCUCUCAAAACUAUGCAUUUUCCACUUGGUGCCUUGAAGAACUUACCAAAUUUCUUGAGUGUAAGAAAAAUGGACAAACAGUUUUACCAGUUUAUUACAAAGUGGAUCCAUCUGAAGUACACAAGCAGGAAGGUAGUUUUGGAUUAGCACUAACUACACAUGAAAAAAAAUUCGAGAAUAACAUAGAGAAAGUGUUGAGGAGGAGGGUAGCUUUAUAUGAACCAGCUAGUUUGUCUGGAUGGCAUUAUGAGGAUGGUUUUCCUGAAUAUCAGUUUAUCCAAGGAAUUAUUAGAGUGGUAUGCUGA